AUGAACACCGCAACGACGCAUACGAACACCUCCUCGAGUGUCAGGAUAUACAUGUUGUGGAUGGAUGCCACAGUCGACUCCGCGCAGUGGAAACUCGAUGCAUUGCAAACGCUUCACGCACGCUUGGUCGCGCACUGCGCACUGGUCUCCUCGCUGGCCGCACCGAUCAGACUCAUCUCGGAGGACCUCCUUCUGCGCAUUCUCACAUACGCAUGGCCUUGCACGAUGAAGGACAGGCCACAGUUCACCCUGUCUGUCGCGUCUGUGUGUCGGUCUUGGAGAGAGGUAGUGAUUGAGGCGUCCGAGCUUUGGUCGACGAUACCCAUUAGUAUCAUUCAUCCGUGUCUCCCCAACCUCCGGCUUUUCAUUGAGCGUUCGCGCUUGCAUGGGUUAGAAAUCAACCUCCACUCCCUUCGAUACAAAGACUAUUCUGAAAGUGGCAAUUUAUCUUCACGGGAGGAACAGGAGCACAAAAAUGUGGUUGUGGUACUGAAACUUCUUGUCCCUCAUCUCAAUCACUGGAAGUCCCUCUCGAUAUGUCUUCCGAUCAAUUACAUAACUCAAGUGCUUGCCUCUAUGGAAGGACCCGCCGAUCUUCUCGAUGAAUUAUACGUCUUCCCUAAGGGUUCAAUGUAUGGCUUCCUGAAAUCCUCUGUGUUCCCUGCUCAUUUCAAAGCUCGGAGAUUAACCAUCCUGGAUUUACAUGGUAUACAAUUCCCCGAAACAGUGGUUUUCCAGGAUGCUCUUCCUGCAUUGCGAACGCUCAAGCUGUCAUAUGCAAAGAUGCCAGGUCGAAGGAGUAUGCUGCAGAUGUUGGAGCCUUCGUGUCACCUCGAGCAUCUCGAGCUUGUAACACCACAAUUCGUCGCUCGGUUGGGCGUUGAUUACUUUCCGAGAGUUGCCUUGGUGAAACUGAAGUCUCUUUCAUUCGGUUAA